AUGGAUGAUCCAGUUCCAAAGAGUGAGUAUCAGGCGGCGCGAGGAAGAGGACGUGGUGCUACUAGAAGACGCGGUGAUAGUAGAGGAGGCGGUGCUGGUAAAAGACGUGGUGCUACUAGAGGACGUGGUGGUAGAGGACACCAUCUGGUAGAUGAGCUAGUUGAGGUCGCUCCCAUUCCAACUGGACCGUCACCUAAGUUUAUGCCGGUGCGCCUAUUUGCGGAGAUACCUGAGUCUUCAUCUCAGCCGAACCAGAAUACGUACAUCGAGGAACGUGAUGACUUCGAUUGGGCAGCUCUUCGCGCAUCAUUAGAAGAUGAGCAGCCAGUGAGAAAUUUAGACGGACUCAAAAUUCUUGAGUUCGAUGACUUUUUAAUCCCGGCUCAUCCUUCGGCGCCUGCGGUGGCAUCUCUCGACAAGGAUAAGGUCUCGUCUUCAGAACCAGAUCAGCCUGAGAUUUUGAGCAUAACAGCGGGAUUAGAUCUCAAGAAGAAGUACAUUAUGCAGAAGGGCUACGUUAUGCAGAAGGGCACAAGGGCGAGGGAUGAUCAUGGCUUAGAGCAUCCUCUUAUUAAGAGAAAAAAGGGGGAUGGAGACUUCGAAGCCAUAAAAACUGCAUCUUUUCCUCUCACAAACACUACUGAAUUCAAAGUGAGAUGUGUUGAGAGUGAGAGAAAAGCCCUUUUAAGCUUCAAGCGAAGUCUCACAGAUCCCUCCGACCGACUGGCUUCUUGGGUAGGCAAAGAAUGCUGCAUUUGGAAAGCCGUUUAUUGCGACAUCCAAACUGGUUAUGUCAUCGGCCUUGAUCUCAAUGAUAGAUCAAACAAUUGCUAUUGGAAGAAAUUGGGACAUUUGAUUCCAGGCAAUUCAACAUGCUUCGGUGGCAAGAUAAGUCCUGCUUUACUCGAAUUGCGAUACUUGAAGCAUUUAGACCUUGGUGGUAACGACUUCCAAGGACUUGCCACUCCCAAUUUCUUGGGUUCUCUUGAAAAUUUGCAAUACCUUAAUCUCAGUCUUUCAUCUCUUGUUGGUAUUCCUCCUUCAUUUGGAAACCUAUCAAAUUUACGUUAUUUAAACCUGUGGGCAUAUUCCUAUCCUAUCGAUACUGUUGAAAGAAGUUGGGUCAAAGAUUUGAAUUGGGUUUCCGGUCUGUCUUCUUUGAAGUACAUUGAUCUUUCUUAUGUGAACCUUUCUUUGGUGAAACAUUGGCUUGAAGCUUUUAAUAAGCUGCCAUCUUUAGUGACUCUGCGUCUGCAAAGUUGCAGUCUUCACUAUCACCCUUACUCCUUCCCCAACUGGAAUAUGACUUCCCUUUCUUAUCUCUCCCUUUCACAGAAUAACUUUGUUAAUUUUGUGUUGCCAAAAUGGUUGUCGAAUGCCACCACUGUCGAGGUACUUUAUAUAACAUUCAGCAACAUCCAAGGCCCAAUAUCCAAUGUCGAGUGGGGUAAACUCUGUAAUUUGCGGCAGUUGUCUCUAACACAGAAUAAAAUUAAUGGAGACAUAAGCCGAAUAGUGGAAGGAUUGUCCAGCUGCAGCAACAAGACGAUAGAGGUAUUAUAUCUUGGCCAAAAUGCAUUGACAGGGCAAUUGCCAAAUUCAUUAGGACAUCUGAAGAACAUAAGGAUUCUUGUUAUUUCUUUUAACCUGAUAUCAGGGGCCGUUCCAGCAUCUAUUGAACAGCUUACACGGUUGGAAAAGUUGGACAUGGGAGAGAAUCAACUGUCGGGACCCUUACCUGAGAGUAUAUUUAAUUUUUCUGAAUUAACUUUCUUGGGGCUGACAACAAAUUAUGCUUUGGAAGGCAACCUUGGCCAAAAUCACUUUGCAAGAUUCCAUGGACUGACAGUUCUAUCCCUAUCUUGUGGAAGAAGUUUUUCGGUCAACUUGACCAAUGAAUGGGUUCCUCCAUUCAGCCUCACAUAUAUCGAGCUUAGAAGUUGCAGUUUGGGUCCCAAGUUCCCGACAUGGCUGGAAACUCAAAAGCAACUUCAGUUUGUCAUUCUCACCAAUGGCUCCAUUUCAGAUCCUAUACCUCCUUGGCUUUGGACACUGUGCUCACAAUUGCAAUGGCUCGAUCUAUCAGAUAAUCAGAUUGGUGGAAGUCUUCCGAGGUUAGUAAAUUUUCCAUCAACAUCCCAAAACUGGACAGUGGGUUUCUAUUUUAGUUACUAUUAUGGUGUCGUGGUGGACUUGAGUUCCAAUCGCUUCCAUGGUUUGUUACCUCUUUGGCCAAAUGUGACACAUUUGAGUCUAGCAAAGAACUUGUUUUCAGGAUCUAUACCCUUAAACAUCGGUCAUGUGAUGACAAAACUUCAAGUGUUAGAUCUUUCUAGAAAUGCUUUUAUAGGAUCUAUACCUUAUUCAAUAACAAGAGUGAACAAGCUAUUGAGAUUGGACCUUUCAGACAAUCAUUUGUCUGGAAAGAUUCCUGAUUGGUGGUAUGAAUCGCAACAACUUCAGGUCAUAGAUUUGUCAGGGAAUAAUUUUACAGGUGGUAUUCCUCCUACAAUAUGUUCACCACCUUCACUUUUUUGGUUGAGAUUGAGUCGCAAUAACCUUUUUGGAGAACUUCCAAAAUCAUUAAGCAAUUGCAAAAGCUUGCUUGCACUUGAUAUUGGAGAGAACAAAAUCAGUGGCACCAUACCUGAGUGGUUCGGAGAAAGUCUCUUAUCUCUGCAAAUACUUAGAAUGACGCAUAACAUGAUUGAUGGAUGCAUUCCACCACAACUAUGCCAACUUUCUAGCCUCCAAAUUCUUGAUCUUUCACAUAACCAUUUGACGGGUUUUAUUCCUUCCUGCCUGGGAAGUUUGAGAGGUCUUAAGUCCACGAAAUUUUACAAGUGGUUUCCCAACUACUUCUAUUUCAGCUAUGUUUUUACGCCCAAUAUGGAGUUGGUUGAGAAAGGAACAAAGAGGACUUACACCGUUAACUUAGACCAAGUGAAUCUUAUUGAUCUUUCCUGCAACAAUCUUCACGGUGAAAUCCCGAAUGAGAUUACUGGUCUCUCAGACUUGGGGAAUCUAAAUUUAUCGGGGAACCAAUUAUCAGGAAAAAUUCCGAAGGACAUAGGGAGCAUGCAGCUAUUGGAGACACUAGACCUUUCCUCUAACCAUCUCUCAGGUUCUAUACCAUUGAGCAUGACUUCCAUCACCUCAUUGAGCCAUCUUAACUUGUCAUAUAACAACCUUGGUGGCCCUAUCCCAUCAACAAACCAAUUUGGAACCUUUACUGAUCCUUCAUGUUUUGAAGGAGUGGGAUUUGUUGUCAUGUUUUUGGCGACAUUUAGUAGCUUGAUGAUAAAAAGUCGUGGGCAUAUUGCUGCUUCCAUUUCAUGGAGGAAGUUGGAGAAAGAAUUAUCAGGUGUUGUUUGGGUUUCAUGGCUUGCUUGA